AUGCAAGAAAUUGGAAGCGCUGACAUUAUUCUUCCAGAUAAGAAACUCCAGAUCAGUACCCGUUGCGAAUACCUUCGUCUUGAUCGAGCAUUCGCUCAUUUCAGUAGCGUUCUGGUGGAAACAGACGAAUUCAAAGUAGAGCAAGCCAAGAAGGAGAAGGAGUGGGAAGAUUCUCACGCUGAUGGCAACGUGGAUGCCUUGAUGAAGCUCCGACGUCACAUGCCCCUCAAUAUCCGCCAGAUGAGUGAGAAUGAUUUGUUACGUUUCGAAAGUCCAAGUUCGAAAGUUUUUCCAAGGACAUUGGAGAUUGCUUUGACUUGGGAGAAACAGAAAGUUCGUGAUGAUGCUACGAACCGAAAAAUUGGUUGGUUCUCGACUAUGAAGAGUAACUUGAAAGAAAUGCUGAACACUUACGAACGCCAUAUGAAAGAAUAUGGUCCUCGUGGUUCGCAUCCGUACGCAACAAGGGAACAACCCAAUGUUGGAUGUCCCUUGAUUGGUCGACAAUGUCCUUCGCGAGCUGACAGCGUAGUGAACUAUGAUACCGACUAUGGUUGGCCAGAUGGAGCGCUAUAUGAGAACCCAGACAAUGUCAAAGAAGAAGAAGCUCCAGAACUUAAUCCUGCCGAACAAGCGAAAUGCAGACGAGCUCACUUGAUCUCCUUGAUCAUCGAGGCAUCAAAGACGAGGGCAUCAAGCAACUCAAAAUUGCGUCCAGAAACGAUGACCUUCCUCUACACUCUUGGCCAAUAUCUCGAUUGCCGGAAGCAAAUGGAUGCCAAGUAUUUAGAAGUGGAUGAGCUGCAAGUAAUUGCCAAUUUUUCAAUAGAGAUGGACUCCGACGGAAUUGAAGCAUCAGGUGGUGAAGACGGCAAGUUCAAGCCGUCUUAUCAGCAACAAAGUGUACAUGGUACAGCAGCCACAACGGUGAAGGAAAUGAUGCAUGAAGAUCCUGCAAUUCAUAUCGUGAAAGCCAAGAAUAGAAUUGCAAAGCCGACUUUGACUGUCUGGCUACUGCGAUAUCAAUAUGUGUAUUCAGAUCGAUGUUGUUCACGAGGUUUACAGAUUCAAACAUAUUUGUGA